AUGGCCUCUGGCGACGAAGAUGGGAAGAAGGCCGGCAAGGACCCGAGCGUACCCCAAAUCAUGGUGGAACAGGCCGGAGCGGCAGUGACGAGCGAGGACGCCAACACCAAAGGCCGCGAUUUGCCCACGGCGUCGGGUGAGGGUGCAGCUUCCGACAACGAGACGAGUGCGCCUCCACCUCCUGCAUAUGGGGGCCAUUAUGGUGAAGUACAGAGCGAGCAGGAUGGCUUUGGGACAAAGGCACAAGUCACGGAUGACGGACGGGUGGAUAUUCGAAUCAAGCAGAGUGGCCGUAAGCUGUCAAGCCUGCUGCAACCGGCUCUACGACGGCAGCAAGACCAAACGGAAAAGGAGCCGACGCCUCCAGCUCCAUACAUUCCGGAGAGCUUGGGAGGUGAUGGCGAGAAAUUACCUCCGCCGCCCAUGAAUGUUGUCAUACAAGUGGUCGGCUCGAGAGGCGAUGUCCAACCAUUCAUCGCACUGGGCAAGGUGCUAAAAGAUACCUACGGUCACCGUGUACGCUUGGCGACGCAUCCCAACUUCAAGGAAUUUGUGCGAGAGCAUGGCCUUGAGUUCUUCAGCAUAGGUGGCGAUCCAGCGCAGCUUAUGGCGUUCAUGGUGAAGAAUCCGGGCCUUAUGCCAAGCUUCGACGCGCUCCGAGCAGGUGACGUUGGGAAGCGGCGGAAGGAGGUCGGGGAGUACUUGAAAGGCUGUUGGCGGUCGUGCUUUGAAGCGGGUGACGGUCUGGGUCCGGAGGCCACGAAUGAAACAAUCGAAGACUGGACGGCAAGCCAUCCCACCGACAGCGAUGCGGAGCCAGGCAACAGACCUUUUGUCGCGGACUGUAUCGUUGCCAACCCACCCUCGUUCGCUCAUAUCCACUGCGCGGAGAAGAUGGGUCUUCCGCUCCACAUUAUGUUCACGAUGCCUUACUCGCCCACGCAAGCAUUCCCACAUCCACUGGCAAACAUUCAGUCCUCUAAUGCCGAUCCAAACCUGACGAACUACAUCACAUACACGCUCAUUGAAAUGCUGACAUGGCAGGGCCUGGGAGAUGUUAUCAACAGAUUUCGCCAGAACAGUCUUGGCCUUGAGCCGAUCAGCCUUGUAUGGGCACCAGGAAUGCUCCAACGCCUUCAAAUCCCGCAUACGUAUUGCUGGUCACCGGCACUGAUACCAAAGCCGAAGGACUGGGGUCAGAACAUAGCCAUAUCUGGUUUCUUCUUCCUCAACCUGGCAUCCAACUACACACCUGCACCGGAUCUGAAGGCCUUUCUGGAUGCUGGCCCGCCACCUGUGUAUAUUGGCUUCGGCUCAAUUGUGCUUGAUGAUCCGAAUGAGAUGACUAAGCUGCUGUUCGACGCUGUCAGGAUCACCGGUCAGCGUGCGCUCAUCUCCAAAGGUUGGGGUGGCAUGGGUGCUGACGAGCUGGGCAAGCCUGAUGGAGUUUUCAUGCUUGGCAACGUCCCGCAUGACUGGCUGUUCAAGCAUGUAAGCUGCGUCGUCCAUCACGGAGGCGCAGGUACCACCGCAGCCGGCAUUACGGCCGGACGACCUACCGUGGUUGUGCCCUUCUUCGGUGAUCAACCGUUCUGGGGCAGUAUGGUGGCAAGAGCUGGUGCUGGGCCGCAACCGAUUCCGCACAAGCAGCUUACGGCUGAAAACUUGGCUGAAGCGAUCGAGUACUGUCUCAGACCGGAAAGUCAGCAAAGGGCGCAGGAGCUCGCGGACAAGAUUGCAAGCGAGCGAGGGAGCGAUAUUGGUGCACAGUCGUUUCAUCAGUUCCUCGAUGUCGACAAACUGCGAUGCAACGUGUCACCGAGUCGCGCUGCGGUAUGGCGCUUGAAGCGCACGCAAGUACGACUUAGUGCUAUGGCCGCUUGCACGCUUGCGAACGAGGGGCUUCUUGAUUUCAACGACAUCAAGCUAUACCGGCCACGGGAGUAUGAGACUGACGACGGCCCAUGGGACCCUAUCAGUGGCGGCGCAACGGCGAUAGUGAGCACCAUGAGCACCAUGAUGAUGGGUGUUGCAGAUAUGCCGAUCGAUACACUGAAGGCGCUCCACAUACAUCCAGACACGGCAAAGAAGCGAAACGCGAGCACUAGUCAGUCAGGUGCCGUAUCAGGUAGUGGCAGUGAUACUGCCGUCACCAGCGGCAUGACUACGCCAACAAGUGAUCGCAGUAACUCAGCGUUCAAUCUGCAAGAGUCUCUUGCGAAGCUACAGGCGUCCUCAUCACGCUCAAGCACCGAUACAGGGCAGCUGUCGCCACCCAUUCGCGGCAGCAUACCAGCUUCGAUGGCGGAUGCCCUUCGUGGCCAACUUGCAAGCAGCACGCGUACGCGUUCUCGUUCGGGUAGCCGGUCUCGUGGUGCCUCGGUGUCUGGUAAUGGAGGCAACAACGGUGAGUCUACCGUAGAGACAGUGAUUGAUACCAGUAAGGGCAUCCGCAAGAUCGUCGGUGCUGGCUUCUCAUCGCCGAUGGACUUUACGCACAGUCUUGCCACUGGCUUCCACAAUGCGCCGAGACUGUACGGCGACGAUACAGUGCGUAAGAGGGAGCAGAUCACAGACUUCAAAUCGGGUCUAAAGGCUGCGACAAAAGAGUUUGGCUAUGGCAUGUUCGACGGCAUCACUGGCCUCGUCACGCAACCCAUGCGUGGCGCUGCGAAGGAAGGUCCGGCAGGCUUUUUCAAGGGCAUUGGGAAAGGCAUUGGUGGUAUCGCUCUCAAGCCCGGAGCAGCCAUAUUCGGCAUCCCUGGCUAUACCAUGAAAGGUGUCUACAAGGAGAUGCAGAAGAUCUGGGGCAGCUCUGUGCAGAACUACAUCAUCGCAGCACGCACAGCACAAGGCUACGAGGAGUGGACGGCCAGCACCGAAGAAGAACGCGGAAGCAUUGUACGAAGGUGGCAAGAACUGAUCAAGACUGUCAAGAAGAAGCGGAACCCCGACGAGAUUGUCGCGGCAAUCCUCGAGGAUCAGAGGCGCAAGAAGCACGAGCUGAUGGAUCGGCUGAGGGAGAAAGCCGACCACCUACCGAACGUUACUGGACGAAGCCGAGCUUCGAGUGCCAGUAGAGCGUUUGAGAAGAGUGACGAUUAUCCCGGAGCGACGCACGGCGAUCCCGAAAGCGCAAUGCUGCGCAUGGGAGCGCAAGAGGCAAGUUUGCAACAUGCGCGUACCUCCGAAGGCCCGAGUGUUCUCGAGGAAGGCGAGCUGAGGGAAGCUAUCCGCCUCUCCGUGCAAGAAACAUCGAGAGGCAACGCGGAUGAAGACGCAGAUAUAGAGAAGGCAAUCCAAGCUUCACUGGAUGACAUGCAGAGGGAGCGCUCUAUGCGAGCUGACGCCGACAAACAAUAUGACAAGCACCCAAGGCAAGCCGGCAAGGCGUUGGCAGUGGAGACGACGGAGCAUUCCCAGUCCACCACAUUGCAUGACGAUGAGCUUGAGCGAGCAAUUGCUGAGAGCCUCAAAGUACAAAGGCAGAAGAGGGAAGACGACGAAGCGAAAGAGGGAGAGCCAAGCGCGGAUCCGCCUAGCUACACUGCCAGUCAAAGCUCGGUCAGCCCAAAGGCCAAUGAGUCCGCGCUUCAGCAGCAUGCGAUGGGAGGCAAGGAGAAGACGCAGCAGGAGAAGACCGAAGAAGAAAUUGUGAUGGAGUACGUCAAGAAGCAGAGCUUACUCGAGCAACAUCGACGGAAAUAUGGCUCAGAUGACUUUGGCGACGCGGACUUGGAGCGCGCUAUGAAGGCGAGUAUGGACACAACUUGA